AUGCACAUUCGCUUGAUUCUCUCGCUUGUGCUAAUCCAGCACGCAGCCUCCAUGGUGAUUCCCCUGCUUGAUGAAAUCGGCCUCGGCUCUCUCUUCAACAGGGACGGCUCUUCUUCCAAUAAGCCGGAAAACUUGAAACCCAGAAAUGGCCCAGCUCCUUUAUUCAGAGUAAGCAACGCCGUGACCAACAGAUACAUUGUCGUGUACAACGACGAGGUGACCGAUGAGGACGUUAGUUCCCACAACAGCUGGAUCUCGUCUGUGGCUGAAAAACGAGACCAGACGGACGAACAAGACGACGAGCGCAAACUUGAGUUUUUUGGCUUGCCCCGUUUCCGGGGAUACCUGGGCUGGUUCCCAGAAAAUAUCUUAAAAUCCAUCCAAGACAGCCCUCAGAUCAAGUACGUUGAACAGGAUGCCCGUGUGCACAUGUACGACACCUCGUACCAGGACGACGCCACAUGGGGCCUUACACGUCUUUCCGAACGUGGUGAUAACGGUUCUUCUGACGCUUUUGUGUACGAUUCCAAAGCAGGAAGCGGUGUAGUUGCGUAUGUGCUUGAUACUGGAGUGAGAGCGUGGGAUGGAGACUUUGAAGGACGGGCAAAGUACCGCAAGUCAUUGGCAUUCCCAGGCAUUCCUGUGGACAUGCACGGUCAUGGCACACACGUUGCUGGCACGGUGGGUUCCAAAACGUGGGGUGUAGCGAAAAAAGUGGAAAUCGUGGGUGUAGGUGUUUUGGGGCCUCUUGGCACGGGCAAGAACUCCGACAUUAUUCGUGGCAUCGAGCAUGCGGUGAAGGGCCACGAAGAAAACGUUAAAAAAGGCACCAAAGGAUUUAGAGGCUCGGCCAUCAACUUGUCCGUUGGCGGAAGUGCCCUGGGAGCCUUGGACGCUGCGGUGAACGCUGCCAUUGAUGCUGGAGUCCACGUUGUUGCAGCCGCUGGAAACGACAACCUUGAUGCCUGUGAUUUUUCACCCAGCAGAGCCGAAAGAGUCAUCACUGUAGGAGCUGUGGAUGAAAACGACCAGAAAGCGAAUUUCUCCAACUACGGCAAGUGCGUGGACAUCCAUGCUCCUGGUGUUGAUAUCGAGUCGGUGGGGCUCUCCACCAGCCCUACGCUCAUGUCUGGCACCUCCAUGGCAGCACCGCAUGUCACCGGGUUGGUUGCGUAUUUUUUGUCGUUGCAGCCGGGUUUGGGGUCCGAGUUUAGCGGCGACCUUGUGGAUCCAGCGGAAAUGAAAAGCAGGCUUCUUGACUACGGCACCAAAAACGUGCUCAAGGGUCUUAGCUCGGAUACAGUGAAUCUCAUGGCGUACAACGGAGCCGAGAACGCCACGGGGAUCUGGGCAUAG